CUUUCGAUCUUCUUCCAUUUCCAAAUACCGACAUUUCCAUUCUGGAAGUUUCCCAAAUCUUCCCAUUUUCCUCCUCUCCGCCAAGAUCCUUCAACGGAAUCUGAAGGUAAAUUUUCUCUGCCUCUGCAACUUCCAACACAACUCCCCCGCUGCAUGAUUUCCUUUUUCUUCCGAUUCAAAUUGGCGAAAAUCCGCCGGUUUCUGCAUUUGGGGUUCCAUUUUUUUCCCACUUAUGAAGAAACCCUCAUUUCGCACUUCGACUAUUUCCUUUAAUGCGUUAUGGAACAGUUAGAUGGUAGCUUUGUGCUUAGAUUUUACGCUGGUUCUAGGCUAGGACUCGAUCAAUGUUAGUUUGGAAGGAAAUUUUCUGAAUCUUUAAGCACGAUGGUUGAGAUGAUGAGUAAUUUGAGUAGAACUAUGUCGUUUAAUCGGAGUGCUUCAUUCAGUAGGAGGGGUUUAAGUUCUGCAAGCCCGAGGAGUCGUGUGGGGUGGAUCAUUCGCUGGUAUCAUGUGUUCGUAGUCAUUGGAUUUCUGGUUUCAUCUCUUGUAGUGAUUACUGCUGCUUAUCUUCAUGUGCUCCCAAGUUUUGCUCUGUCUUCUCAUGAUAAUGGUGUUCGGAAAUCGAAUUAUUCGAUGAACGGGAGCUGCAAUGUGUAUGAAGGAAGCUGGAUUUUGGAUGAUAGUUAUCCGCUUUACAAUGCUACAGAAUGCCCUUUUGCUGAGAAAGGAUUUGAUUGCUUAGGUAAUGGUAGGGUGGAUCAGAACUAUCUGAAAUGGAGGUGGAAACCCGUGGAUUGUGAUGUCCCGAAGCUUGAUGUGCGGAAUGUACUGGAAAUGCUGCGGAGCAAAAGGAUUGUUUUCGUUGGAGAUUCGAUGAGUAGAACGCAGUGGGAAUCAUUGAUUUGCUUGCUUAUGAGUGGGGUUGCGGAUAAAAGGACUGUUUAUGAAAUGAAUGGGAAUAAGAUUACAAAACGGAUUAGGUACUUAGGCGUUCGGUUUAGUUCGUUUAACUUCACUGUUGAGUUCUUCCGCUCGGUUUUCCUUGUGCAACAGGGUCAGAUGCCAAAACAUGCACCUAAGAGAGUGAGCUCAGCCCUUAAAUUGGAUGAGAUUGAUAGUAUUAGCAGCCGGUGGAUAGAUUCAGAUGUUUUGGUGUUCAACACUGGACACUGGUGGGUGCCCGGGAAGUUAUUCGAAUCUGGUUGCUAUUUUCAGGUUGGAAAUUCUCUAAAACUUGGAAUGUCAAUUCCCACAGCUUUUGAAGUAGCUGUUCGCACAUGGGCAUCCUGGAUUGAGAAAAAUAUCAACACAAACAGAACCCGUGUUUUCUUUCGCACUUUCGAGCCAUCACAUUGGAAGGACCACACUUUCAAAUAUUGCACUGUUACCGAUCAACCUGUGACUGAAGCCAAUGGAAGGGACAGAAGCAUAUUUUCCGACACCAUAUUAGAGGUGGCAAAGAAUAUGAAAGCUCCCAUUAAUGUUUUACGCAUAACUUCCAUGUCUGCUUUCCGAAGCGAUGCACAUGUCGGUAAAUGGAGCGCUAAUCCAUCUGUUCCGGAUUGCAGUCAUUGGUGUCUACCCGGAGUGCCUGAUGUGUGGAAUGAAAUUUUGCUCUCCUACCUGCUUUAUGAAUAUAAUUUUCCAUCCAAAUGACCAAAACAUAUACAAAGUGGAUUAACAAGAAUUUGCUAACAUCUGAGAAAAGCUUAUGCCGAGGAUGGAGCGACGUGAAUUUAUUAACGUCGGAGAGUAAGCCAUCCUUCAGUGACAAAGAAUGGUAAUAUCGAGUCUGGCUUGUUGCGUAUCCUCUUCCUCGGCCGUGUUGUUUCUUGAAUUCUUUGAACAUCAUUCUUUUAUUUUCAAGGGAAAUGAAAGUGCAUUGAGAGUUACAGGAAGUUGUUUCUUUCUUGCCCCUUACUUUUCAUCCAUUCUUUGGGAGAGGCCAAAUUAUGGCCUUGAUGUGUGUAUCAGUAUCUAUUGUCCUUGUAUUAAUCAUGAGUUUUUUUAAAGGAUAAACACCAGUGUUGAACAUAAAUAGCAAAGAUUAUUCUACUUCA